UUAUUAUUGACUUUGAUGCUUGAAAUUCCGUGUGCGUUAAAUGGCCCACAAAUUGACAACUAUCGGAAUCUCCAAAGAUUCUAUCGUUUUGAUAUGACAUGUUUAAGUUUGACACGAUAUUCCCCGUAACAACUCGAUCAAGGAAAAUGUCAAAUGACGCAAACUGCAAAGAAACUCCAAUCGAGGAUGAUUAUGAUAUUGACUGGACUAAAAGGCUAGGUUCUGGGAUUAGCGGACCAGUCAGAGAGUGUAAAAGCAAGACUUCUGGCAAGAGCUAUGCACUGAAAUGCUUAACAGACACCCCAAAAGGACUAUCAGAGGCAAAAUGCCACUCCAUCUGUACAGGCCAUCCCAAUGUUGUCUCAGUUGUUGGAAUUUACCAUAACAAGAUUAUUUUACCGGGUGAAAUGAGACCAAACCCACGCAUUCUACUUGUUUUGGAACUAAUGGAGGGAGGAGAGCUAUUUGAACAAAUCAGGAAAAAGAGACGAUUUACAGAGAAAGAAGCAAUGAAGUUUACCAAAGAGAUUGCUCAGGCUCUCUACCACUGCCAUUCUUUCAAUGUUGCUCACAGGGAUCUGAAGCCAGAGAACCUACUCCUUGUGGAUAAGAGUGAGAAUCUGGUGGUCAAGCUGGCUGACUUUGGCUUUGCGAAGGUUGAUCAGGGUGACUUGGUCACCCCACAGUUUACACCUUACUACGUCUCACCCCAGGUUUUAGAGGCCCAAAGAAUCCACAGAGCACAAAAGUCUGGAAGAUUUCCUUAUCUUGCCAAGCCGUAUACAUAUGACAAGAGCUGUGAUAUGUGGUCGUUGGGUGUGGUGAUCUACAUCAUGUUAUGCGGAUACCCACCAUUCUACUCAGAGGUCCCUCGCAAGCAACUCUCUCAGGGAAUGCGGCGGCGUAUUAUGGCAGGGGAGUACUCUUUCCCUGAACAAGAGUGGUCCAAAAUCAGCCUUGAAGCUAAGGACGUCAUAUCCAAGUUGUUGUGCGUGGAGCCUGGCCAGCGGCUGAGUAUCAAUGAGCUGUUGGAGCACUCCUGGCUGAAUCAGAAUGCCUCUUCGCCAGAUGUUGAGCUACAAACUCCUGCUGUCAUCACAGCUGAUGAGGAAGCCUUCGAGGAAGCCAUGACUGCGCAUAAUGUGCAAUUAACUGAGAUGAGAAUCUCUGAUCAUGUCAUCUCACUCAAGCCACUCAGUGAAUCACGAAACCCCAUGUUGGAGAGACGCAAGCACAUGACCCCCUCAAGGCUGCCUAGCUCAGCUGAGCAAGUUCCAAGUGCAUUUGAUCCAGACGAGCAUGUCCAUGAUAAGUUAGCCACCAAAUCACUGCGCGAUCUUAUAGCAUUCUGCAUCAUGCCGCCCAGAAGAUCUGCAGAGGAUUACUGCGCUGAGGAUGAGUUGAGCAAGUUGGUAUCUAGAGCUCUGGAGCUAAACCCCUUAUCACGAAAACUUAGGGAGGCACUCAUCAUAGAAUCUUGGGAUGGAGAAAAGUUUGAUGGGUCAGUAGACAAGCGGCGUCUGGCCAAAGCCAUCAGCGAGAUAGUACACAAUAUGAGAGCUACUCUAGAAAGGCGGAGAUAACAAAGCAUCGCUUGAAAGAUUUUAAUUGUACAAAUAUUUUAACGCCUUACAGCAUACUCAUUCAUGAUAGAUAUAGGUAACUUAAACAAGUAUCAAAUAUUCUUAAAAAAGUUGAACCAUGUACUGAUAUGCAUGUUUGCAACUGAACCUAGCCAAUUUGAAGUCAUCCCUGUUACUGCAAUCAUUUUUAAAAAUGUAAAAAGUUUGGAGACCCUAAAUGUUCAAAGGGCUAAUGAAAUCCACACCCAAGCAAUUUAAGAGAUAUAAAAAUAAUUGUAAAUAAUCAAGAAAAAUAAUUUAUUAUUGUAACAUAUCGUUUUAGAGCAAAAACAUUAUAGACACCACGCAAUUAAAUACCACAAAUUCCGAA